CCAUUGAGAUGGGCAUUUGUUCAUUUCCUGGCGAGUUCCAGAUGAAACGGAAAUGCAAGAUUUUUUUUUUGUCCUACCUUCUUCCAUCUCAAUGUUCAGGACUAGUGAGUCUGCACGCAUGAGAGGCUCGUGAAUAUAUCCGUGCCUACUUUACGUAAAAGGUGAUCUCGUACGAAAUUGCCUUAUACUUGUUUGGUAGUAUUACUCAGUUUCCGUCGUCGGUCCACUCACUCAAAGAGGAUUCGCACCUUGCUGAACAAUGGAGCUCGCCCAGUGAAGUGAGGACCAUGAUUUUGAGCCAGAAGAAGGCUGCGGCCAUCCUUCAACCAUGGUGGGACAUGCUUCUAUUUUACACUCUGGCCUUGACCAUCCUGACCAGUUGCUAUUUAUACGCUACAUCCGUGCCGUUAAAGAGGGAAGUCGUUUUGGGAGUGAACGACACUUUGAUGAUUGAUUCGUCGUUGGACUUCAACUUUACCGAGGACUUGGACUCCUUCUUGGAGAAUAACUCAAGUUACGAAGUCUUCGGUUUGGAAAGAUUUUCGGAUAGUCUAUUUGAUCCCAACCCCGAUCUGACAUCCCCAAUCAGAGUCAUCGGUCAUCCCAAGACGUUCUGGAUUCAUCGCUCCCAACCCCAAGGGUUUCUUCUGGCCUUGAUCGGUCUUUGCUUGGUCGUCGGAUUCCUCAACUUGGCCUAUGACAGGUUGUUCUACAAUGCUCACGUGGUCCAGGUUAUCUGCCAUCUGAUGGAGGUCCAAUUAGAUCUUCAGUACUACCGUAGAGUCCGCAACAAUCUGGUCUUUACCAACACACUUCAUCGAUCCCAAGGCCAAAUUUGGAUGGUGAUAAUGUUUCAUUCGUGGAAUGCCAUUCGACUGAGCAUGUUCAUCGUGCUUUCGGCUUUGAGUAUCUACUACCAUUCACUCAUACGAAACGGAAAACCGGAGCAUCUCCUAAUUUCGUUUCUCUUGGAGAUUUUGUUGGUAUCGCAAGUGAUUCUUCUCAUGUUUGCCAGUCUUUGGACACAUGUUGUAAUUGGAGCUACUCUUUGGGGAAAAUUGAUGAAGUCCUAUUCGGAGGCCGUGAACAAGAUCGAUGUGAUUCGAGGUCGCUCCGUCCCAUCGCCUCCAUUCCGAAAGAGAUCGUCAGAGAGGGUUCUUGACUCGUUGAAUCCUUACGUAUCAAGUCCGAAUAUCAGAUUGAUCUUGGAUCUACUGGCCUUCCGCCACGGCCUAGGAGUGGGUCUGAAGACUUUGGCGGCCUUGGAAAUUGACGUUCAGAAUAAUUGGCGCCCCCUCCGUUUAGCGGUACGAGAUGCGCCCCAAGGCUUAGAAAUCACCUGGAAAGAUCCCUUGGCUGUCCUGUACAUCAUGCCCGUACCACGGUCCUUGAGACUUUGCUACGGCCUCGAGAUCUCGUUUCCCCAUCAUCCGACCUUCCCCAACGAGAAGAUCGUAGAAAUCGUUGGCUUCGAAGAGAAACGAUACUAUGAGCAAAUAUGGACCGCCACUCGUGCCAAUGCGGUGGAUCUCAAGCUCAAGGAAAGCUUCACUUACAGCGAGGUCUUUGCCGAGGUCACCACCGAUUUCCUGCCCGCUUUCGUAGACGUGUGGACCAUUUUGGAUGGUCAACUCGUGAGCAAAAGCUCGUUUGUUUGCGAUAUCAUGUCGGAUACCGAGGAAGCACUCAUCCGGGAUGGCAGUCCCAAUCCUGUGCCCAAACCUCCCCGGACCCAAACUGGCACUGAAGCUAUUGCACCUCCACACAAUCCCUCCCCUGGGCUGACUGGUUUUCAAAAGGCCCAAAUGAAGGCCAGCAGUCUUCAACGGUCCUUGAAAAUGAAAGGUUCCAAUCCAUUCGAGCCAGACAACCUGCACCCAGGCACGAGAGCCAAAUCUUUGACGAAUCUACUGGAAAAUGGUACGAAUAAUGCGAUACCCGUAUGUGUGAAGAAAUCCAAAUCCUACGGGAACAAACUCCAACUCUCGGCCAGCUUCAAACGCAACAAGAUCAAGCGAUUGAAUUCCUACGAAAACAUGGCUUACGAGGCCACCGAGGAUGAGGAUGAUGCACAUAACACCAGCCAAGUCAUAUGAAUGAAGUAAUCUACUACAAUUCUCCACACGUACGAUGGUUAAAUAAAUCAUAUUUUUUUGGAACACAAUAAACGAACCUAAUGAGUGGA